AUGUCGUUCAUUGACGAUGACCUGCGCCGAGUCGACGCUGCCCUAGACAGGUUCCAACUGAAGGAGGCGGAGGAAAGGGUGUCGGCCGCGACAACCGAAGGAGAAAGAGUAGCUCCGCCUGUUGAGGAUGCUCGAACUGCCGAACUCAAAGCAGUAGUCCGAGCGUUGUCGACAACUUCAAGCUCGAGGCCCCUUCUACGUCGGUCUAGAUUGCGCAGCCUGCUACGUCAACUUGGGAGAAAAGAGGGGGAGCAGGCGGUCGCUGAGACAACUUCACCAGACAUUUCAAAUCUGGAGUGGAUUGCGACAGGGAAGGCAACAGCUCAAGUCUACGGGCUGAUCCUUAAUUCUCUUCUAGAUCGGACAAUACCCUUGGGCGAGUCCAUCUGGUACUGGGACGAUAUCUUGGGGUCUUAUGGAAAUAUCCUCCUCUACACAAUUCAAACGUCGCCGAUCAGGUUCUGGGAGCAGGCGAAAGAGGUUUAUGCGGAUGCACGACGGAAAUUUGUGCAAGGCCAUGACCUCACAACCUCCGCAAGACAAGCUACAAGAACCGUGACCGAGGGUUGGCGUGAAUUCUAUGGCCUGGUUCAAAACAGCAUCCGAGAGCGCUCCCUGGCCCAAGCGCAAACAAAGAUCCUGUCACCGUUUUCCAUAGCCCGUAUGCAAGCACGGCGGAAUCUCGAGCGCAUACAACAUCUCCGAAAGUCGAGUGCCGGAACAAUUGGCAGACUUGUUAGAGAAUGUCUUGUCUUUGGUGGAUCUCCGGAAGAUCGGAGGCAUGGCGCUUUACUCCAAGUGCUGGAAGCCGAGGAAGAUGACUGGCAGACCACGAUAGCUCGAGCGGCGUAUCUGCUCGAUAGUGCCUCGAGGAGUCAAGACGAUGUGGAAGAGUUCAAUUUUGACCCACAAACAGCCUCGUCGACAGAAGUUGCGAAUCUGCUGGUCAAAAUUCUCGAUGAGCGCCUUCCGAAACAAGAAAAAGAGGCCUACGACUUGCGACGACAGUACGGCAAACCGUCGAGAUUGGUCCGCUACUGGAUUCCUGCUGUGGGUUUGCUGCUUUCAGGAAGUACCCUGCUUCGGAUCCUUGUCAACAGGAAAGCCGAAAUCGCCCAGUGGUUCCGGGACCUGGGCCAAACGAGCAUCGACUUCUGGACAAACUGGGUCAUCGAGCCGACGAAGAAACUCAUCGGCACGAUCCGCCACGACGAGCAAAGCGAAAUAGCGAUCCAAAGCCGCGACAGCCUCCGAGCGGACAGGGAAAGUCUGGAACGUAUGGUGGUUGACUUUGCCAUUCAGCAUCCAGAUGAGAAGGGGGCCAAUUUCACAGAGGCACAGAUCGCGGAACUCAGGGCGAAAGUGAAGGAAGGAGACCUCACGCCGGUCCUCAGGGCGUAUGAAAGAGAGAUGCAAAGUCCCAUCAAGAACGCCAUUAUGGGCGAUCUCGUGCGCACGUUACUCAUUCAAGUCCAGAAGACCAAAGUCGACGUCGAGGUCGCGAUCGGUGGAAUAGAUUCCAUCCUCAAGAGUCAGGAGCUGUUGUUUGGCUUUGUCGGCAUUGCCCCGGGAGUGCUCAUCUCCUAUUUUCUGUUGCAGUGGUUGACAACUGUCCUCGGCGGCCGCAAAGGUCUAAGGCAAGGCAUGAAAAAGGGCGAAACGAUUCGUCUGAUCAGGAACAUCGACCGCACAUUGACCUCUUCCUCUCCCUCACCGGACGUCGACAUGGACAGUGGUAUAAUCUCCGAAGAAAACCACGGCUUCCUGCUCUGCGAGACGCACCUCUUGCGUCAACGCGCCGCCCAAGUCCUUCCUAGAGCCGUGUGGAGAGAAUUCCUCGAGGACCUGGACGAUUUGCUCGAUGUCAAGCAGGGCGUCAGUCGGCAAAUUCAGGUCGUGAGGAGGAUCGAGUGGGCUUAUGCGAAGUGGUUGAAAUGA